AUGUCAGUUCUCUGCCGGUGUUUCUAUAAUUCAGAACCCGAAUUUGGCGUUUCUAUCGUUAACACCAUCUUUAUUAGUAUAUGAAAGAGAUUUGUAGAGCAUUCGGCGAUGUACUUAAUAGACGUGUUUUAAGAAGACCUACUUGGUGAAGUUUAGUGUCAGAGAUACACAUGGACCCUUUCUGGAACGAUUCUGUGGUUUAGGCCCCUGUUGCAAAGCAAAUGCGAGGGGACGGUUUCUCAAGCGUCAAGAGGGAUUCGGUCCUAGCGAAGGAUGGCCGAGACGACGCCCCAGCGCUCUUGGGGGACGUGCAGGAACAACUCGACGAGCUCAGGAAGGAGCUGACGGACGCUAUCAGCUGUCUGGGCCGCGGGAUGUCGGAGAUCCCCGCUUUGGCAGUCUUGGCCGGGGCGAAGGAGCGGCAAGGCGACGGAGGGAGCAGCGGGGCAGCGGGGGACGCCUUCAGCAAGUACGAGAGGAGCCAGAGAGCGUUUCAGGACGAGGUCGCCAAGAUGGAUCGCCGCAGCCGCUCAGAGAACUUCAGGCAGAGUUACGGAGGGAAUCCCGCUGAUAAAUUGGCAAAGGGAAGAAUAGAACAGGAAGAGACUUCAGCAAUUGGCCCGGGCGGAUCAGGUCGCGGUAGCUAUCAGCUGAUCGCCUUGUCAGCGUGCGAUGACGUCACGGUGGAUAUGGGCCAGACGAGCACGCAACGGCAAUGGCGGUGGAAUCAGCUGCCACGCUUGCAGCGUGUGGUGUUCUUCAUGCUAGGAGUGGCGGCCCUGGUGGCCCUCAUAUAUGUUAUUGCUAGUCAUGCUGAACCCUCAGCACCCUCUGCUGUUUCUCAUGAGAACAUUGUGAUAGCUCCAACUCCGGCAAUUCUCCAUCCUGAAGUAAUUGAAAAUGAAGAAAAUGUCGAGGAAGAUGUAAAGAAGGAAGGACCUGACCAGAUAACCCCCCCUGGACCCCCACGGAAGAGAUCUGAAAGACAAGAAGCUGUUGUUGGAGCAAUGAAACAUGCCUGGAAAGGUUACAAGACCUAUGCAUGGGGCCAUGACCAUCUUAAACCCUUGUCGCGGUCAAGUAAUGACUGGUUUAGACUUGGGCUGACACUGAUAGAUGCACUUGAUACACUAUGGAUUAUGGACCUUAAAGAUGAAUUUAACGAGGCUCGUGAGUGGGUUGCAACUCAACUAAACUUCAACAUAAACCAAGAUGUUAACUUGUUUGAAUCCACCAUUCGCAUAUUAGGUGGACUUCUUUCAACAUAUCACCUUACUAAUGACCAACUCUUCCUCGAUAAAGCUGUUGACAUAGGCGAUAGACUGAUUGCUGGGUUCAAUAGUGGUUCUGGAGUUCCCUUUGCAGAUGUCAACUUGUAUUCAAGAAAAGCUUCAAACCCGAAAUGGGGCCCAGAUUCCUCAACUUCAGAAGUUACAACAAUUCAGCUGGAAUUCAGAGACUUGUCUCGUGUUACUGGAAAUCCCAUUUAUGAGGAAAAAGUGAAUUUAGUGUCUGAUCACAUUCAUAAGCUACCAAAGACGGAGGGACUCGUUCCCAUCUUCAUUAAUGCUCAGACGGGACAGUGGCGUGCGCACUCAACCAUCACCUUGGGGGCCAGAGGAGACACCUAUUAUGAGUAUCUCUUGAAACAGUGGAUCCAGACAGGACGUACGAGAGACUUCUUAAGAGAUGAUUACAAUGAGAGUGUGGCCGGCAUGGAGCAUCUGUUAGCAAGAAGGACAGAACCCAGUAACCUUCUUUUCUUUGGCGAGCUUCAUGGUAGUAAAAAUUUUGUCAAUAAGAUGGAUGAGCUGACUUGCUAUCUCCCAGGCACUCUAGCCCUUGGAGUUCAUUAUGGAAUGCCAAAACAUCAUAUGAAGAUAGCAGAGGAUCUGAUGUAUACUUGUACACUUACUUGGCUUCGUCAACCAACGAAUCUGGCCCCAGAAAUUACUUACUAUAAUACUCAGCCCACAAGUACGAAUGAAGAUUUCUUUGUAAAGAGCAAUGACGCACACUACCUCCUCCGUCCAGAAACUGUAGAAUCACUGUGGUACAUGUAUCAUCUAACAGGAAACAAAACUUUCCAGGACUGGGGAUGGCAAAUGUUCCAGGGCAUAGAAAAUUACUGCAAGGUAGAAAAUGGAUACACUUCCAUUGGCAACGUCAGAAGUACUAUAGACACAAAACCAAAAGACAAGAUGGAAUCUUUCUUCCUAGGGGAGACACUUAAAUAUCUUUACCUCCUGUUUAUGGAGGAUCAGAAUGCUUUUAGUGUAGACAAGUGGGUCUUCAAUUCUGAAGCACAUCCACUACCUAUUUAUACCCACUAGUCUUCUCAUCAGUCAUCAUAGAAAGCAUAUUUACUUCACUAGAUCAUAUUAUUUAAUUUUUUCAGUAGGGUAAGCAAUCCAGGCUUAGUUGUAUGAAGUCAAUGGUAUUUUGAGAAAUAAUUUACUAUGCAAUCAGUUGCGUCACGAAGGUCGGGCUGGGGGAUGUUCAUUCUCAGGUGCUGCCUCUGCAGAGGCCAGAACUGGGUGAGGAGAAAAUGUUUGAAGUUAUGAAUUAAUAGAUGUGAUGAUAUACAUUUUUAUAAUAAAAUUAAAUUUGUUAACUAAAUCAAUAUCUAUCCAAGCAUUAAGAGAAUAUUAUUUUUUAAACAGUAUUUAUAUUUCAUCUUUUCUUUUUUCUCAAGUGCUACAGCAGAAGCAGUUUGAUCCCAAAAUGAUAAUAUUAGAUUUUUUUUGUUCUAUAAAUUUGGAUAAUAAGGCAAUAUAAUUAUUGCCAAGGGUCCUAAUUAUUGAUUUCUUUGCACCACUAAGUUUCCAAGAUUGACAAAGUUCAGAAAUGACUCCAGAACUAUUCCAUGAACUUUCAUGAUGCUGCAAAAGAUAUCUAGACUUUGCAAAAUGUAUUUUCUUGAACAACAGGUGUACAACAUUUAAAAAUCACCUAGGAGGGCAACAGAAAUAUGUUCUCCUUGGGAUGUGAUAGUUAUCAGAAGACAGAAAAUAAAGCUCCGUAUAUCAGAUGAAAUUGAAGACUUUCUGUGCCUCAUUGUUCAAUGUAGUGAUGAAAGUGUCUUCAAAAUUUGAGUUAAAUAUUCCUUCAUGUAUGUCUAAAAAAAAUAACCAGCUAUUGCAGUAUCUACUGCCAGCUGUGAGUUAUUCUUCAUCAAGCUGAAACUCAUGCUAUGCUAUUGUCAGGCAUCAGUGGGCCAAGAAAGGUUAUCAGCUUUAGUCAUAUUAAAUGUAGUAGUGUCACAUACAAAAUUAGUAGAGUCAUACAUAGAUUUGCUGCAGUGAAAGCUGCAACCAAACCCCUUAAACAAAGGAGCUAUCGUAUCCAUCAGUUGUAACCCAGAAAAGUUUCAUAACUGUUAUAUAACACUUUCCCUCCAUUUUCAGUCUCACCCUUCUUCUCUUACAUCUUUUCUAUCCUCCUCCUUAUUUUACAUCUGUUUGUUCAUUAACAAUAAAGCUUUAAAUUAUACUUGUGUACCUUCUCACAGUAUGUGCCGUGAAAUGACAACAGAUUUAUUCUGUUUGAUUACUUUCUUUACCUGACCUUUUCAUAGCUUUCUCUCUCAAAAAAAUAUUCAUGUUUAGGCACUUCAUUACUUAUAUUGAACCCUCUUAUUGUGCCUUGUCUGCCUUCUAUUUAAUUCUUCUUUUUGUAUAGCCUGUUCUUCAUAUUGUACUCUAACCUAUCUGUCAUUUUUUUACCAGUACACAAAAUGAAGUAUCAUGCAUCAUUAUACUCUCCUGCUAAACUAGCAGUCACACUAGUCCAUCCAGGGAUCCCUUUACAGUGCAGGAUACUUCCCUGGCUGUGAGGGGAAACCGAGAUGAAAAUCCCUGCCUAGCAAGGCAAUGAUAGAGAACUGCUGUGUAGGUCUUUCACCCCAGCUACAGAGGGAAUGAUGAUGCUAAAAUGAAAACUAAAGUAAUUACUAUGAGGCUUAUUACUUGGUCAGUUAAACAGUCAUUAUAUUAUAUCAUAUUAGGUAUAAUGACACUUUAGAAAUAAGUAAUAUAUAUUACAACUAACAAUGAUGUCUUGUUAUAAUUUCAAAGAUUAUCAAAUUUUCAUUUGAUCAACAAUUACAAACAACCACCCACUCCGACAUGUUGAAAACAUGGUAAUUUCAUUAAUCAUAUAUACACCCUGGUGGACAAAGUGAGAGCCAGAUAGCAAUUAUGAAGUACCAUCCACAAAUGUUAGCAGAAAGUUAAAAAUAACAAAAAUGGAUGAAAUCAACAAGUCUUUGCUUUUCACACAGUAUAAUAGUACAGCUACCAUGGCUAUCUCAUGAUCAACAGUUAACUAUAUCUUUCUCAAUUUCAGUCAUAGUAUUUGCUUCCUCCCAAUUUUAGUUUUUAUCAAUGAUUAUUUAUGUCUCUCAUGCAUCAUUGAAUACACUAAUAGCAGUAUAUACUGUUAUAAGGUUUAUUUUCGUUUUUUCUGUUUUUGUUAAAGUAUGGAUCAUUGGGGUAACUGGCACGGUUGUAUGAUGUACUAUUAUUAAUAAAAUGGAUGGAAUGAUUUGUCAAAGUUAAGCAUCUUUGAAAUUUUCAGUUGAUAUGCAAUGAUGCUCAUAGAAUUCACAAUUGUCUUUAAUGUGUGGUUCAUUCAGGAGAUUACUGUACUAUGGGCUUUUCUGAGAUGAUAUUUCUCUAUAGGGAUCCCUGGACUGACAAGACUAGCGUGACUGUUGUUUAACAGAAAGAUUCUUAUAAUUUAAUGGGCCCUAAAUUGAAAGCAGUGAACCUGGGAAGGAGGGAAUUGGAAGUGCCGUUAUUGACCUUGUUCCAAGGCACCAGCAACCAUCGUGAUGCCAUUGAAGGCAGAAGAACUUUGCAAAGAUUAGGACUUGAAGCUGCAGUUUUUAUGAUAAUUUAAUAAUAUACAUGCCUGGGGUGUGUAAGGAUUUGAAGGAUGUUUACCUUAGAUCAUUAGUAAGGCUGUGCUAGAGCAUCACUACCUCUCUUUUAAUUUUUCAUAGUUCCUCAACAUUCCUUAAGCACUGGGGACAGCAAGGAGAUUCUCCAAACAAUUGCUUCAUGGUUUAAUAUACAGCCGAAGAUGGUGUGCAUGAUGUAACACGAGUACUUGUUAAAUAGUGCUACAAAAGAGUGAUUUGACCUUUAUGUACAAAAUGCUGUAUCAUUUUAUCUAUAAAAUAAUACAAAAAAGAGAUAUAAUAGAAAAUAUUGUUUUGUAGUUUUCUUUAAGUGUGCAGUAUUUAUUACUGUAAGAUAAUACAAGUAGAUGAGACCAGAGUUGUGUAAGAUAUGAGAAAAUGUAAAACAGUAGUAUGUAUAGUGAAAGGAAUUUCAAGGCAUUGUAGGAAUAAUUGAAACACUAAAUGUAGUCAAAAAAGUGUUGAUAGAAAAUGAGUGGUACUUAAUGAAUGUAUUUGUUUGGUACUGAGUAGUGUUAAAAUGUUAUAACAAACCAAUUUUUACAUCAGAGAGAGCUUUUUUGGUACUGUUUUUUUUACUUACUUUUUAUGAUUUUGGUAUUUGCAGAGUAAGCUGUGUUAUGAACCACUGACAGUACAGAGUUUUAAUCAAUUGAAUUUUAGUAAUUUUUCAACUGUAGUCAAUUUGAAUUUGCUUUUCUCAAGGGGUUUAGAAAUGUUUCAGAAUAGAGAAAUGACAUUCAUUUCAACAAAUUGUCAUUUUAAUGGUUGUUAACAACUUAAGAUAGCAGAUUACUGUGAUCAUUUGAAAGGACACUACACCUUAUACAAUCUUGAUGAAUAUGUCAAAGAAUGAUGUAAAAGGGAAAUGUAAAAGGCUAUGUAUAUAUUUAUCACAUAUGAAAGUUUAUCAUGUACUUUGAAGUUUUCAUUCUUCAGGAAACUGACAAUGUAUGGUAUUUUUUUAUGAAUCAAACCAAAAGUGAAAUUUGUUAUAUAUUUUGAGGUCUAUAUAAGUCCAGUUAAGAUAAAAUAUAUUGUUAUAUGACUAAAAAUAACAUCAGACUACAUUGGCUUGUGCAUAUUCUUUUCUGGCAAAUUUCAUUGGAAUUCUAUUAAAAAAUGUGAGCUUCUUUUUAAACCUAGAGACUGGUAUAUUACAACGUAUCUAAAUAAGGGGUAUUAUCAUCUAAAAUUAAAUUUAACUGCACCAGCAUGGGGUGAAAUAUUGUCUGAACAAAAAUUAGUUAACUGCUUGAAAAAAAACUAUAAUUUUUGAAUUUGAACUCAAUUUGAUGCUGACUCAGUGCGGCCCCAUUCAAGCAGUUAAGUCUUUUCGAAUAAAGUUUUAAUCAAAGAAAGUUAUAUGUUCAUAGUCAGUUUGACAGUAAGGAAAUGUUUUUGUUGAACUUGACUAGAAUAUUAGUUACAUUAUUUGUACCAUUCUAGAUAAGUUUAUCAUUUUAUAUAUGUUGAUACUGGUAUUGAUAUUCUUUGUGAUGUAAGCCUUACAAUAUAUGGUACAAUAAAUAUUUUUAGCCUUGCAGCUUUUAAAGAUAUUGUCAUGGAAGAAAAAAAAAUGCCUAGAUCAUAUUUUAUUGUAAGACAUGUUGACAGUUCUAUUUAUAAAUUUUGUUAUUACUAUUGUUAUUGCCAUUAGCAUUAUUGCUUGUAUUUGUUGUUGUUAUUAUUAUUAUUAUUAUUAUUAUUAUUAUUAUUAUUUAUGUAUAUUUAUUUUUUUAUUAAUAAUUUUUCUUUAAUUGAACUUCGGAGAUUUAGUCAAGAUAUAAGUGGCACACACAACAAAUGGGGCAUUAAGAAGUUUUUUAUUCUGUAAUUAAUUUUUAUAUACAUGCAAAUAUGACUGCACAUUUUAGGAAGGUAUUUGGUCUGAAAUUGUUUAUGGUAAAACAGAUGACAUAAGUAAAGUAAGGUUUCUUAUGUACAUUUUUUUUACACAUUCUCCCUCCUCCCUUUGCUCUUUCCUCCUCGUUUUUUCUCUUCCUUCUUCUCCUCUUUCCCCUUUCCAGUUUCCAAUUUGUUUUCCACUCCCUCCUCUCUCCAUCUAAUCACCUUGAAAAAACUAUUUGAUUAUCAGUGUAACUUACUUAGCCAAUGGAUAUUGAUAAAAUUAUAAUUAUAAAUUCAUGUUUGAUUAUAUGAUAAAUGUUAUUAUUUUUAAAUCAGAGUAGUCUAUGUAGCAGUGUGAAUGCAUUGCUAAUUAUUAGCAAUAUGGUGCCAAUAGAAAGAUGAUCUUGUGCUUGAUAAACCAUAGAGCAAAUGGAGUGCAGUAUCGUUACAUACAUGUCAUAAAUUAAAGAAAUUAUAUUGCCAUUUGUUUUCAUUCUGCGGAUUGUAGGUUAUGUAUAGAAGAAAAUGAAUUACAAACCAUAUAUCCCUCCAUUAAAACAUGUCAAGUGCAAGUUACAAAGUGGUUUACUUUGUUUCAUAGAGUUACUGAUCUAUUAUCCUAUUUUUCUGGCCAUGCUCAGGAAUGGGAAUGAUGUUUUGUCUAUGAAAGUUUAGUAUAUACUAUAGAGAGGUUUAUAGGUGUGUGAAAGAGACAGUGAAUGUUUGUGAUUACUCUGAAGUGCUCAUAACACUUAUAUUAGUGACCAAUACAACAAUGGAAUUUCACACAUCACAUCUUUGCUUAGACUUUCAGCGUAGUCUAGAGACUAAACUGGCAAAAUUUUCCAUGUAUUGGCUUGACAGUCUCGUGUGUGAAUUGUUUCCAUAUUUUCCUGUAUUUUCUUGCGUUUCUUACCUAAUCAGGUAGUUUUGCUUGACUAUACCAUGCAAAGCAUAUUCAUAUGUGCUUCAUAAGGUAUAGGUAGUCUAUUGUUAGUAGCUUAUGCAUUUGUUUCACAAUGAAAAUAACUGAAAUUUAACUUAACCAACAUUACAUAUGGGUUUGUUUUAUUCAAGGAUUAUUUAGAACUUAAUCUGACCUAACAUUCAGAUGUGAUAGUAUUGUGGAUUGCAUUUUUUAGAUUCUUGUCAGUUUUCAAAGCAAGUGGUAUUAGUUAAUUGUAUCUUUUUCUGUCAGAUGUAUACACUAUAUAUAUAUAUAUGUAUAUACAUAUAUUUCCUGAAUUGAUUUGUAGGUCUUGUAGAAAGUUAGUUUUAACUUUUAUCCCCCCCCCCUUAUUUACAAGCAUUACUAUUUUGAAUGGAUCUUUAGUUUUCACAAAAAUAGAAAAGUAACCUAAAAGUUGUCCCAUCCAUUUACCUAUGGUUAAAUGGUUAAGAAAUUCAUUUAUUAUGAUAUAUCUGUUGUGUGACUAUAUCUCCAUCAACAUCAGUGUAUUUGUAUAUAUUUAUGUGUGUAUGGAGAAGCUGGAAAAGUGAGAGCUUGUAAGAGAACGUGAGUGUGAAUAAGAAAAUGUGAGUUGAGUCAGAGGGUUGGCUUGGCAUAUAUCGGCAGAAUUCGGUGUUGCUAGCUGAGCAUGCGAAUGCUGAAAGAUCUCUUGAACAGCAGACAAGAAGCAUAUUUGUCAAGCUAACUAUCUACAAAGUAGAGAUUUUCUAAUAUGAAUUUCGUGAAGAAUGUUGGUGAUGUCAUAUAAAAAAAUGUGAAAGAAUACAGGCUGCAAGGCCUUUCAAGUAGUACCAGCAUAACUGAGGCGAAGGUUGAAUGGUUGUUAAAUAGAUGAAUAGAUACUCAUAUUUAUAGCUUGUGUGUGUGCAUACAUGUGUACAGGCUCUUGUAUUAUGAAACAGCUUAUGUGGUUGCUUAUGUGUGCAUGUGUGAGUGUGUCUUAGUAUGUCUGUAUGUACAUACAAUUUUUGUGUAUGUAUGUGUUAAUAUAGAGAUAGAAUAGAUGGUUAGAUUAAAUAGAUAAUAGGUAGAUAGAUAAGUAGAUAGAUAGAUAGAUAGGCAGACUGACUAUUGGGAAUUCAGUACAUAAGGCUUAAACUUUCUGAGGUAUGCAGAGUUCUUGCAUUAUUUUUACUGGAUUUAGUGCAUUUUCAAAUAACCACUGUGAUUAAAAAAAAAAAAAGAACAAAAAAAAUAGAUUGUGUGUUUUCAAAAAGUUCAUAUUAUGAAUAGAAAAUGAAGAUUCACUGAUUUUGUUUCUAAUUUCUCAGUAACAAAGUGUUCAUUGGUGAGGGUUAAGAGUAACUAGUAGUCUGUUCAGACAAGAUAUAAACAUGGUUGAUAUAUCCUGUGUCCUGUUAUAUACUGAGCAGAUUUAUAUUUCAAAUUGUGAUGCACGGUUUUCAGUGGAGGUUCUUCUUUUUGGUAAUAUCUCUGUUGUGAAUUUUAAUCAUGUGCAUGUUCAGUUUUAUUAAGUGGUUAUUUUUUAGUUUCUCCAUUACUGCUGUAGAUGUUUCUGUAAUGCACCACUGGUGAUCUUUUUGCUCUGUCCUUUAAGUAUUUGAAAAUUCUGGUAUAGAUUGCUCUAAGGAAAGUAUUUUGCUAGCUCAACAGUGUUUCUGGUAGUUGCAUUUCUACUGUAUUAAAUUAUAUGAAUCUUGAUUAUGAAAGUGCACAAUUGUGAUAAUGUCAGCAGUGACCAAUACUUCACUGCUGUUGGAUUAUGUUGGAAGUAAAUUAGUUUAAGACUAAGCCUAGUCUUGAAGUUUAGUAUGUGUGUUUUGUACCGUCAAAACUUUCUGUUAAGAAUGUAAUAAGCACAAUGUGUUAUAAUUUUGCAUAGCCAUUGUCAUAGUUCAGUGGGUGUUUUUAACUGGAGACUUUGAACUUUAUAUUUAGUAAGGGUUUGUGAAGUGUUUUGAUGUUGUAAAGAUAUUUUCAGAAUCAUACAAGAUAUUAUCAGAUUAUGCUUUUUGUUAGAAGAGAAAUACUACUGUGAGCAAUGUGUGCCUGAUGCAGAAGUACCAAACAAAAUACAGAUAUGAAAGACUGCAUCUGUAUUUUGUAUUUUGCCGUAAAUGAAAUAAUAAAGUAAUUUAUGGCUCCUAAUGUUGCCUGACUCAUGCAUACUAGACAUGAGGAAGAAAUCUUUCAUUUCCACUCAUCAUGAUUCAAUAUUUUAUCAUCUAUAAUUUUGAACCAGAGAUGGACUUUGUGAUUGUAAAUAUUACACUGAAUAAAGUAUGUAGUGUAUGCUUAGUACUUUUAUUUUGAUUGUUGAUAGAGUGGUAAAAGCAAGUAUUGUUACGAGUGUAUGAUAUUUUGAAUAUAUUUUAUGAUUCAAUAAAAAUGAAUAAUAAUA